GCGUUGGCUUGUGUCAUGAAGAAGUCUUGCAGGCUCUCAGUUUGUUCCCGUGGCUUCAACAGAUCUCCACAGUGUUGUGGCCGUGCCUGCAUGCAUGUGGUUACAGAGAAAUCUUUUUCACACUUGCAGGGAACGCAUGCGCGGAGAGGAAACCAACUGGUUUGUGUCAAGUCGGAGGCAGACGGAUGUGAUCGAGCUGAAAAUCACCUGUAUUCUGGCAUUCAUGGUGACACAUCCAUGGGCUCAGAGCGGGCGGAGAUGCGCAAGAGACAGAUGCAGGUUCAUCAGGAAGCAGCUGCCAGUGUCCUUCAAGCGCGCCACAAAAUGGGAAACACCCCCACCAACGCUUCAAACGCCUGCUGCUUCUGCUGGUGCUGCUGCUGUAGCUGCUCCUGCUUGACUGUUAGAGGUGAUGAAGAAACCGUACAGAGGUCAACGUUUGAGCAGCAGCCAGAAGGAAACUCCAAUUGUGAAGAAAGCCCAAAACCCACUGUGGACGAAGCUCGCUCCUGGGCGGUGUCGUUUGAGAAGCUGAUGAAAAGCGGAGCUGGGCGAAGCUGCUUCAGGCAAUUCCUGAGGACGGAGUUCAGCGAAGAGAACAUGAUGUUCUGGCUUGCUUGCGAGGAUCUGAAAAAAGAGACAAACAAGACUGUGGUGGAGGAGAAAGUCCGCCAAAUAUAUGAGGACUUCAUCUCCAUUCUGUCGCCAAAAGAGGUCAGCUUGGACUCCCGCGUACGAGAGGUGAUAAACCGCAACAUGCUGGAGCCGACCUCAUGCACGUUCGACGACGCUCAGCAGCAGAUCUACACGUUGAUGCAGAGAGACUCGUACCCUCGCUACAUUAACUCGCCUGCGUACACAGAUCUGCUGAACAGCUUGGAGGAGCCUCCCCCCGAGCCAUAAACUCUCUCCACUGCCACACCGUUAGCUUUUCAGCGCAUGCAUCCCCCCCAAACACACACAUACUCAAACAAAUGGAGGAGCUUUUGUGUAAAAAGUCAAGAGACCAGCUAUUUAGAGAAAGACAGACAGGAAAAUGAACCCAGCUGAAAGCCAGUCUUUAUCCAGCUGAUAACUGCUGUUUAUUUCCGCAUGAUUAGUGGAUUUCCAAAUCCUUCAGAGCAACCAAGAACAAAAGCUAGGUUUGGCAUCUGUUACUGUAUUUGUUCAGAAAACAUAUCUAUAUUUUUAUACAUAUAUAAAUAUAUAUAAAUAUAUUCCCUAGCGCUUGACAUUGCACUUUUCUACCUUAUUUAAAGCGGGAAAGCAUGUAUCUGUGAGCACUGCAUUUGUAUUUAGGUAUAUUGUGAGCCUUAAUGCAUAUUCAGUUCUUGUAGAAACCUGUAGGUUUUAUUUAAAUGUACCUUAGGAAGAAAGGAAAGUGCCUUGGAUCAACAUCUUCUACACAAGCACCUUUUAGUCCGACGUGAACGGUGCGACAAUGACUUCACAUGUUGGUGCUUUCAGCUCUUCUCAAAGAUAAAUAUAUGAAAGGUUUUUACAACUCGACGAGCUGAUACCCAGAGAUCAAUCUCGUCUGUGUGUUUCAAUACUGUGAUAUUAGUUAUAUAUUUAAUUUCAACAGAACAGGGAAAAAUAUGCUGAAUACAUGACCAUGAACACUGAUAUAUUUAUGUAUGAUUAAAAAAAAAAACAAAAAAAGGGAAUUUGUGUGAAAUAGCUAUCUGAAUUCUCACGAAUUAAAUAAAGCACAAUCAUAUGUUCUUGCUCUCAUUUGAUAUGAGCAUUAA